AUGGCCUGCUGCCAGUGCCUGGGGGUGGGGGAAGACACUGGGCGCUUCGUGCUGUUGGCCCUAGCCAUCCUGCUGUACUUGCUGGGGGGUGCCGGGGUGUUUUCGGCUCUCGAGGCUCCGCUGGAGCUGCAGGUUCGGGAGCGCUGGGCGGUGCGCCUGCGCAGCUUCAGCCGCACCUUCAACAUCAGCCAGCAGGAGCUCAGCAGCUUCCUCAGGAGCUACGAGGAGGCCAAGCUGGCCGGCAUCAGGGUGGACUCCAGCAGGGCACGCUGGGACUUCAGCGGGGCAUUCUACUUCGUUGGAACUGUGGUAUCCACCAUCGGUUUCGGAAUGACCACUCCUGCCACCACAGCAGGGAAGAUGUUCCUGAUCUUUUACGGACUUAUCGGCUGUGCCGCCACCAUCCUGUUCUUCAACCUCUUCCUGGAGCGUGUCAUCACUGUCAUCGCAUUUGUGUUGAAGUUCUGCCAUGAGCGUCGGCACCAGCGUAAAGUUGCCCUGCCAGAGAAUGACUAUGACCGGCCUGGGUCUGACAGCCACGGUAUGAGACGGAGGGACAGUUUGGCAGGCUGGAAACCAUCCGUGUACUGCGUGAUGGCUAUCUUGGGAGUGGCAGCCAUACUGGUGUCCUGCUGUGCUUCUGCCAUGUACUCAGCAGCUGAGGGCUGGGACUAUCUGGACUCGCUUUAUUUCUGUUUCGUGGCCUUCAGCACGAUUGGGUUUGGAGAUAUGGUGAGCAGCCAGACGGAACAUUAUGAAGACCAGGUGGCCUACAGACUGGGCAACUUCCUCUUCAUCCUGACUGGUGUCUGCUGCAUCUACUCACUCUUCAACAUCAUCUCCAUCGUCAUCAAACAGGUUCUGAACUGGCUUCUGCGGCAGCUGGAGGCUCCAUGCCUUUGCCCAGGCCGAGGGAACCGCAGGAAUGUAGUAGUGCCUGGACAUCUGAGAGCCAGGCGUGAUCCAUCCAUUGAAACUGAUGCAGUCAAUGACAGCGAAGGAGACGGACGCCGCAUGUCUGGGGAAAUGAUUUCAAUGAGGGACUUCCUGGCUGCCAACAAGGUAAAUCUGGCCAUCAUGCAGAAACAGCUGUCUGAAAUGGCCAACGGGCAUCAUCCUCUGCACCCAUCAGCUUCCAGCUCACGCAACAAUGGCUUCUCUGGAGGAGUUGGAGCUCUGGGCAUCAUGAACAAUCGUUUGGCUGAAACCAGUGCAGAUAGAUGA